AUGGCAGAGCAGAACAUCCAACUCGUCGACCACACGGACGGCGACAAUCCCCCCACAACGCAGUCGGAGCCCCCUCGAACGCCAGACUCGCACAUCGACAUACUCUAUGAGAACCAGCGCGGAUGGUUCGUCUUCGGGAUACCUCUCUUUUCUUCAAAAGCGCUAUGGAACUUCCGGGUCGACCCCGCACCAUGGGUAGACGCCAAGUUCAAGCCCUCGGCCGUCAACAUCACAAACGCACAAGUACCUGAUCCGAGCUGGGUAUGGGACUGGAAGAGCUGGUAUGUCGACAUGAGCCUGGAUGUCGAUGAGGAGGGGUGGCAGUAUAGUCUUCUGUUCAAGGGCUCGCCAUGGCACGGCAACCACCCGUGGUUCCACAGCUUUGUCAGGAGGCGGCGAUGGCUGCGAAGGCGCAUCAAGCAGAAGAUACCUCCGAAGACGAAGGAAGCAGUACGUGACAGACUGUUCGGCGACAGGUUCAGCGUUGGUGGUACCACGCUGUUCAGGACCGAUACACCAGGCACUAUGAGUGUGCUGGACAGUAGCGGCCAAGCGUCUGUGGAUGAGGAGAUCCGAGACACUGCAACCCUGAUGAGGAAGCUGAAAGCAGCUGCCAUCGAUCGAGAGAAGAUUGUCAUCAUCAAUAGGUUCAUUGCAGAUGGAGGCGAGGAGCUGCACUACCUCGCAGAACAUAUACCCACUAUCAUGUCCAUGCUCAUCUUCCAAAACUCACGCCGCCAACUCCUCUCCACACUGAUGGACACAUUCGACGCUGCUAAGAGCCACCGCGACGAACACGAGUCUCAAGAAAAGCCCGAAGGCGAAGCCGAAACCCGCAGAAUCAAUAACCUCCUCAAGGCCGUCGAGGCUGCUGAUGCAGAAUGCAAGAAGCUGGAAUACUGGAGUGACAUCCGCGAACUGGCAGUGGAAGGCAGGGCUGGCAAUGCUACUGCCGAGUCUAGUGGGUGGGACGAAAAGUGGCAGGGCGUUGAUGAGAGUGGACCGAAGCAUCCCACGCCUUCCACCGCGUCGUCGAUCACGAUACCUUAA